UCCGAUAACGACUAGUUGAAAGAGUGAUCGCUCCGUUGACAAGACGUUCCAAAAUCGCAGCUCCAAAAGAAAAUCCUAAACUGAAUCAUCCUUCUCCAAUAUAGUCCUACCUCAUUUAUAAAAAUAAAAUGCAAUCGGAAGCUCUUGUUAUUGUUAUGGCUUUCGCUACUGUAACUGCCAGUGGUUUCAAACAUGACGAUCUCAUCGUUGCCGUUGAUGAUAGACUCGAAUUUCUAACCGAUGGAAGUAUGAAUCGAACACUGAAAUUGGAUUCUUAUAAUGCCUCAAAAUUGUCAGCGCUCGCAUACGAUGCCACAACGAGGAAACUCUUUUUCUCUGACCGACACCAUCUUUACGGUCACAUCUUCAGCAUUAAUCUUGGAGAUGAAUCACAUCUUGUCGAGGAUAUCGUCGAAAGAAACACGAAUGAAACUGUCGAAAGUUUGGCGUACGAUCCUGUCAGGAAAUUGUUGUUAUGGACAGAUUGGUUUAAUCGAUCCAUUCGACGAGUUCAACUCGUUCAAGACCAUAUCCACAUCGAAGAAAAGGAUGGCAUUGAAAUUGUCCACUUUCUAGAAGAUGAUGCGAAACCCCGUGGACUUGUGUUCGAUCCUUGUAUGAGGAUGUUGUACUGGACCAACGUGUACAAGUCACGCCCAACUAUCGAACGUUCGUUUCUUAAUGGAAGUAAACGAGAAAUCAUUAUUCAAACGGACUUGUUUGUACCGAACGCGUUGGAUCUUGACGUGUUGGAUCAGAGACUCUACUGGGCUGACAAUCUUCGUGAAGGAGACUACCGGACGUUCAACAUCGAAAGAAGUUUCGUCAAUGGAACAGGCAGACAGAAAAUAUACCGUGGUAUCGGCCAAUUCGUCGUCAGUCUCACGGUGGGCGGUGAUUACGUGUACUGGACAGAUUACAAUCUCAAGAAGCUGUGGUAUGUACGAAAGGAUGGGUCAUCCAAGGGUUCCAUGAUGCUUCGAGCAUAUUCACGUAAUCCAGCUAUGGGUGUGGUUGUCUUUCGUCACGAACCUUUGAACUGUGGAUUGCUCAACACGCCGGAAAAUGAUCUUGAAGACAUGGCCGAUUUUCAAACAAAGAAAAUGUACAUCAUUUUCGUAAACCUCAUCUGCCUCGUUAUAGUGGCCAUGGUGGCUACUUUAACCUUUCGGUUUUGGAAAUUUACCGGCUGUAAACAAACCUUGGUGUCUAACAACAGCCAAAAGCUAUUCGCGUUCCAGAAUUUCGAGAAUUGCACGAGCUCCAUCACGAUGUCUGAGAGGUCGUCAACACAAUCGGAGCCCGUUAGUCCAUCGUCGAUGGAGUCUAUGGGCGUGAACGUAUUACUCGCGAACGAACGACACAGCGACACUACCGCCUUAUUUAAAUGUGAAUUUUAAAAACAGGCCAUUCCAUUCAAAUGAAAUGUUUCUUGAAUGAAAACGAGCCGCGUUUAACCAUUUAGGAGAAUUACGCAUCUCAUCUGAUAUUGUAUAAUUUUUUAUUGUGUUCUGUGUAAUAACUCGAGUUGUAAAUCUAAUAAUGAAAUCAUUCUAAUCUU